AUGAGGGCUCAUGUCACAAGAUCCAUAAGGGGUUAUUUCCCUAAACAUUGGAGUACUGAAAGAGUAUACAUUGCUGCAGCUGUUACAGAACAAUGUGCACAUAGGUCUAAGAUCUAUGGUCUCUAUGACCAUGGUGUACACGUAGGAAAAGAGGAACAAUACGUACUGGGAAUGGUUAUUUGGGGAAAUAUAUUAAAACAGCAGACGAAAAGGCACAAUAUGGGUAGGCAUGCUUUUUCCGUCACCACUUAUAUGUGA